UUUGCAUAGACGCGUUACAAUGUAACUACCAUCGAUUUGGUUUCGUCGCUCGAUGGAAAAGUCGUAUAUGGGAUUCACAGGUAAGCCUGUGAUGCUGUUGAAUACCUUGUGCUUGUAAACCGGCUUGGUGGCAAAAAGUAACAGCACUUUUAUUUCAUUUUCUUUGAUUUCAUUUUCUGUGGAUAGUUUCUCCUCUUUUCCCGUAUCUUAGUUUCUGCUUGAACAUGGCCUUCUGUGAGUAGUGCAUGGUUCUACACGCCACUCUCAAAAGAAUCGAAUUGCCGACAACUUGCGUUUCCUUAGUUCCUGAGUCUUUUAAAAGUGUUAGCGACCAGUUUGGAUGUCCCGUCAAGGACGCAAGUUCAUGUUUGAGUUCAAUUGUAUCUAUUCCAUAAAGAUGCUCCUGAGAUGUUUAACUGUGAGGAGAGCAUUUGUUUUUGUUAGCAGUAUACUGAGCUGCCUUUCUCUUCUAGCAGGUGUCGACAGUGUACCCGAUGUUCAACACAAAGAUGUUUCCCACAAGUCCUCGAGUGAUGAGGAGAUUGUCACCGGAGCAGGUACAUUCGAAAUCCACUUGGUUUCGAUACAAAAUAUUAGAGGUGAGAAAUACGAUGGUAGCUGCUGUGAUGGGAGUCGCACAAUAUAUCGAGGACAACAUCAAUGCCUGGACGAGUGCGACACAUUCUUCAGAGUUUGUCUCAAGCAAUACUCACAAUCUGUUUCACCAACGGGUGCUUGUACAUUUGGCGAGCAUACAACUGCUGUUCUAGGAGGGAGUUCGAUCACGUUUACGAACACUUCAUCGGCAAGUGGUUUUCGCAACCCGAUUUCUUUACGCUUCGAGUUUUCAUGGCUGACCACGUACUAUUUAAUUCUGGAGGCAUUGGAUGCGGAUAACUCAAGCAACCAUGAACUCAUAGAUAGAGCAACUCAGCGAGGAACACUACUUCCUAACAAGACAUGGGAGAUUCAUACAUACAAUGGUCCUGCAGCCACUAUUAGUUACAGACUAAGGGUGGUUUGUGACAUAAAUUACUAUGGGAAAACUUGUACUGAGCUUUGCAAACCGCGUAAUGACACGUUUGGACAUUAUAGUUGUGAUGAGAAUGGAAAAAAAGUUUGUUUGCCUGGAUGGAGAGGAAAUUUGUGCGAUACAGCAAUCUGUAAAACAGGCUGUGAUCCAGUGCAUGGUAGCUGUAGUGUUCCAGGUGAAUGCAGCUGUAACUCAGGCUGGAGAGGGGAUCUUUGCGACCAAUGUCGGCUCUACCCAGGGUGUGUCCAUGGAACUUGCAGUCAGCCAUGGCAAUGCAACUGUCAACCACAAUGGGGAGGACUUCUUUGUGAUGAAGAUCUAAACAAAUGCAGAGAAAAACCUUGCCAGAAUGGAAGUAUCUGUUAUAACACGGGGGCGGAUCGCUACAGAUGUGAAUGUCAAGCUGGCUUUACUGGGGUCAACUGUGAGACGGCAAUUAACUAUUGUGCAUCAUCGCCGUGCAAGAACAAUGGAACUUGUCACAAUGAUGCCAGUGAUUUCCGCUGUUCCUGUCCUCCAGGUUGGGCUGGGCCUACUUGUGAAAUAAGCAGGGACUGCCAAAGCCGACCUUGUCAAAAUGGGGGGACAUGCAGUAACACUGGCCAGGGUCACCAGUGUAAAUGUUUACCAGGCUGGAAAGGACACUUGUGCAAUCAAGAUGUGGAUGAGUGUGCAACCAAACCAUGCUCCAAUGCUCUCAAGUGUAUCAACUUGGUAAAUGACUAUGCAUGUGAAUGCAAGGAAGGAUGGAAGGGAAGAAACUGCAAUGAGAGUAUCAAUGAUUGUGCAGGACAGUGUAGAAAUGGUGGAACAUGUGUGGACUUGCAGAAUGAUUACAAGUGUAAUUGUCCUAGUGGAUUUACUGGCAAGGAUUGCCAGACCAACAUUGAUGAUUGUCAGUCCUCCCCAUGCAUUAAUAGUGGAGUGUGUAAAGAUGGCAUUCACAGCUACAGUUGCAUUUGCCAAACUGGAUUCACAGGAAAAAAUUGCCAAGUUGCAGUGAAUGAAUGCCAGCCUUCACCUUGUGUCCAUGGAACAUGCACAGAUCUACUUAAUGACUACAAUUGCUCAUGCAAUGCAGGGUAUACUGGUAGAAAUUGUUCAGUAUUGGCAACGACUCCAAAUACUUGCGACCCAUACCCUUGCCAGCAUGGAGCCACCUGCACUAAAAACCCUGGCUCCAAUGCCUGUAACUGUCCCCAUGGCUACACUGGAGCAUUUUGUGAAACAGACAUCAAUGAGUGCUUGAUGGCAACCUGUCAUAAUGGUGGCACAUGUGUGGAUGCCACUAACGGAUUUAAAUGUGUCUGCCCAGCUGGUUUUUCAGGAUCAACCUGCCAGGUUAACUUGAACUCGUGUGCAAGCUUGCCAUGUCAUGGCUUGGCAACAUGUGUUGAUAAAGUGGAUGGUUAUCAGUGUAUUUGUGCUCCAGGAUACACUGGGGUAAAUUGUGAUCACAAUGUGAAUGAUUGUGGUACAUUGAAUCCUUGUCACAAUGGAGGAACCUGUCAGGACAGACUCAGUGGAUACCAAUGUCAAUGCAGGCCAGAGUUUACUGGAGCUGAAUGUGAAGUCCCCAUCAACAAGUGCACCAACGAAUCCUGUGUUAACAAUGGCUCUUGUAUCCAAGGCGUUGGAAUGAUUACUUGUAGCUGCCCCCUUGGCUUUACUGGACAAAGAUGCGAAACAGAGAUUGACGCCUGUGACUCCAAUCCUUGCCACAAUGGUGCUACAUGUCAAAAGUUUGGCGCUAGUUAUGCCUGUUCAUGUGCAGUUAGUUUCACUGGUCGUAACUGUGCGGUCCGAAUCGAUUACUGUGCUAAUGUCACUUGCACAAACGGGGGUACAUGCAACAAUGGUGCAGGAAAAGCUUCUUGUAACUGUUUGCCUGGGUUUGCUGGACUAAGAUGUGAAAUCAAUAUUGACGAGUGUCUCUCUCGUCCAUGUCGGAAUGGAGGUAGCUGUGUAGACAAGAACAACAGUUUUCAUUGUGUGUGUCCAUCAGGAACACGGGGAGACCUUUGCGAGCAAGUGAUCGAUCCUUGCUUGGAGCCUGUGUUAGUGAAUGGAUCCUCAGUUUUGAGAGAUUCCGGAGUGUGUGGAGCUCAUGGCACCUGUGAAAAUGUCGAUGUGGGAAAAUUCAAGUGUAAAUGUGAUAAGGAGCACACUGGAAAUCACUGUCACAUAAAAAUUGAUCAUUGUAAGAACCACACUUGCAAAAAUGGAGCAAGUUGUCUCGAUGGCAAUGGAAACUAUACAUGUGUAUGCACCGAUGGCUGGGAGGGGGAUUUCUGCGAAAAAGAUAUAAAUGAGUGCAACCCCAACCCUUGCCGAAAUGGCGGGAACUGUACUAACCUAGUGAACGGAUAUGUUUGCAAGUGUCCCGACCCGUGGAAAGGAAAAAUGUGCCAAUCAACAACAUCACACUGUGAUGGCAACCCGUGUCAAAAUGGAGGCUUAUGCAUCGAUACAGGAGACGACUUUCAAUGCAGUUGUCAAAAUGAAUUUACAGGAAAGAUCUGUCAAAUAGCACCCAAGCCCUGUUCAUCCGACCCUUGUCAGAAUGGCGCAACUUGUUUGAAUGCAGGCAAUGGAGUGGGUUUUUCGUGUGUCUGCACAGAUGCAUGGGAAGGGAACCUUUGUGAAAAGAAUGUGGACGAUUGUGCGUCUAAUCCUUGCCACAACGGAGGCACGUGCAUCGAUGGCGAAGGCUGGUUCCUGUGCUCAUGUGCGCCCGGAUUUACUGGACCAGUUUGUAAAAUUAACAUCAACGAAUGCAACUCGUCUCCUUGCAGUGACGGUGCAACUUGUAAAGAUAAAAUCGACGGCUUUGAAUGUAUCUGCCCGCCAGGGAAGUUUGGAGACCGUUGCCAAGAUGACGAACAUGAUAAGAAUCAUUGUAGGCUUGAAGAAGGCGGCAUUCAGCGUCACAACACCACUGUGCCAAAGGACUGUAACUCCUGUACGUGUUCAUAUGGCGUGCUGCACUGCACUGGAAUAGACUGUGGUGUUCCCAAUUGCUUGAAUCAUACUCAGGCUGGUGGCUGCCCCACUGGCGCGAAAUGCGUGCCUAAGGCGGCGGCGGAGUGCCUCAGCCCACCUUGUGGUCGAUGGGGAGAGUGUCAAGGUGGAUCAACCGCCAAGAUUAUUACCGGAAUAAAUGACGACGCGUGCCUUCCCAAUAGUACCUAUUUGAAUGGGGACUGUGCCAAGAUUCAUAUCGUGUUCCAAGUGGAUAAGCUCCCCAAGGGAACCCUUGUGGAAGAACUCUGCCGUCAGCUGCGAUUUUUGCCAAUGUUGAAGAAAUGGGCAGAGAAGGCAAAACUUAGAUUGCUCUGUGAAGGCCGAAGGAAAGACGGAACCACUUCAACUGUCAUUGUAUCAGUGGCCAGUACCCCGCGCACGGAAAUAGCUGAAAAAGCGGCCCUUGAUAUCGCCCGAUACAUACGGUCUGUGCCAUCUGAAAAAGGCCGUGAAAUAAACAUUACUCUUUACAACGUCCUCAUAGCUGUGGAUGAAGUCACUGUGGAAAGAUCUGUUACACUUUCCUACCACGAAGAAGAAGCCGCACCGGACUACCUCAUUCCUUUGAUUGCAUCACUCGUGGUGUUGGCGGCCAUUCUUUUACUAAUACUGUGCAUCAGAGGAAAGUGGAGGGAAAGUCAACGAGCGAAAAGAGAAACACGUUUAGCUGCAAGACCUACACUGAAAAAGAAACGAAAUACAACACAGGAGAAGCCAUUGACUACUGCUAGAACUUACUAUAAUCAGACUUCCACGGAGUCUACGACUUCUUCGUCCUCGACAUCCACGUCGACGCAUUCAACGGAGCUAAGAAACUUUGAGUAUAAUCGGGAGAGUUUGCUCGACUCCACGCCCUCUGUGUGUUCUACGCCACAAGUAUUGUCUCCACCCCUCUCCCCCAAGGAGGAAGGCGCAAAAGACGAAUGGAGGAGAUUUCGAGUGCAACGGAACAGUACGCAAAUAGAGAUAAUCGUAUAAGAAAUUAAUAGUGAUAAUUGCAUAUCCAUCCAUAAAUAAUUUAAAGAAAGGAAUGAAACAAUUUACACUGUUGUUAAUUUAUUGUUCCCACGAAAAAAAAGUGUAGCUUUUGAAAGCAAUUUUAUAACUCCAACAGUUAAAAUAUGGCGGCUAUAAAAUUUAUUUAUCAUAGACAAAUGUUUUAAAAGUAUCAGUAAAUAUCUGGGGAUGGUUUCGUUGAAAGGCCGACUUGUAAAUAAUACAACAAAGAAAGAAGUAUUUAAGUGGUUUUUAACGCUGUAAAUAUGUAAACAAUUAAUUUAAUAUUUAAAUGGCCAUGUAGUUCGAUAUGAACGAAGGUGAGUCCAACACAUUAUUGUGUAAAAACGUAUACUUCUCAACGAUUUAAUGUUGGUUCAAGUUAGCUGUUAACAGUUAAGAGUAAGUUUUGAAAGUGCAUUUUGUAGCCACAUAGUUUUUUAAAAAUAACGUUAAAAAUAGACUGUAGAACAGUUUCCCUUGUUUAAUUAACUGUAACCCGUGGUGGUUUGUUGACAAGGUAAACUUGCCAGAUUAUUUUAUAUAGAACGAGGCUGCAGGCCACUCCGACUUGGAUUUUUCUAAAAGUAAAAGUAAAUUUGUUAAAGGUUUCAGAUGGCCCAAGAAUAUUUUUGUAAAUUUCUCAGUUCGGACCCAUCUGUCUGGGCCUGAGUCCUAAACCGCCAAGUUUUUAAGCUUACGUUUGGUGUUAUGUUUUUUGUUUAUAAUAUGAUUUGUAUAUUUCCUUAUCUGGUCUGCUAAGCCUCUUAAUUCUCGCAUCUAUCUGUCAAUACUUUGUGUGUUCACUAUCCCAUAGUCACAUUAGUGUUUCAUGACUUCGUCAUAGCUGGUUACGUAAUUACUACGUGACUCGCUUUCGGUCACGUUAGCAUCGCGUGGCCGAGUUGCAUUAAAUUGCUCGAGUGUUUAAUACAAUAACAGAUUGAAAUUAUUUGAAAUGUGAACACACUUUCAUGCUUAUCUAACACGCAAGGCUGAAUUGUAAGCAGUCUCGUUGCUCGUGGAAAUCCGAAGAUGUCCCAUAGCAACCGAAAAAUACGAAUACUUACUGGUUUCAUUAAAAAAAAAAAAAAAAAAACUGACGAUUUUGACUUGCAACGAGAUCCAUUUGCGAAUUUAUAAUGUAGCCAUUGCAAUGCGUUCAAUUAUAUCUGAGUGCUAUAAAGAGUACAUAUUUGCCCGUCAAAACUGGCUGUAAUCGGCAAAAACUUGCAGUGCAAAAUUAAUUCUUGUAAAGAAUUUCAGCCCAGUAAAUUGUCAGUUUCUUAAGUAAUCAUUAUAAAGCGCCCGCCGCCACCACUGAUUAGGUUUCUCUCGUUAAUCGCGAGAAGCUAAUCUGUCGAACCUGGCUGAGUUAGUUUGAUGUUUGAGUUCUUGUUCGUGGCAUUAAUAAACACAGUUAUCGACCA